GGAUAUAAUGAAAGAUGAGUGCUUGACUCUGAAGCUGCAACUAAAGGAGAAGGAUGAACUCAUUUCCCAACUUCGUGAAGAGCUUGAAAAAGCUCAGCAUUUACAGAGUGCUCUUGUCUCUCAAGUAGAUAAAUCCACACAGACUGAAGUUGUAGGCCAUGAUGCCCUGUGGAAUUCUUCAUGUACUGACGGUUCAGUUUACAAACCUAUCAGCAUCUCAUUGGUACCAACAUUUUAAUUGAAUAAAAUAUGCCUGGAAACAUGCCACAUAGACCACUAGUUUAACCCUCUCUGAUUUGCUUAUGUAAAGAGGAAUCUGCAUUGGUUUCAGCUGUUUGUCAUAUUUAAUAACAUCUCUAGAGUGACGGGGGGAAAAAACUUAUUCAACAACCACAAAAUACUCUUAACUAUUCUCUCAGCUGCAUUAGGCAAUAAUUGAUCAAUUAUGACCAAAUUUUGCAGAAUUGAAAUAAAAUACAAUUGUUCCUCUA